AUGAAGAUCAUCAAGCAUUCACCAGUCCCGUCCGCCAGUGGGAACGCCAAGUAUGAUACACUCCCCGACGACUUUGAAAUGCCCGCCUUCAUUAAAUUCAUUCCUCUUCGCCAAUGUCCUCGCAUGCAAGACACGCUGGCCUGGAUGAACGCUGUUCAAAGCGAUCUAGAUGACUUCACCUCGUGGGAUCGCUACCGCAACGGCGAGUUGUUCACACGCACGCACUCAAGUCUCCGCUUCUGUCAGGUUGCACGCAUCACUCCUCAGACCACCUUCCAACAUACUAUCAAGCCAAUCAAGGAUUACAUCAAGGAAGACCUGUUACCCGCCAUCCGCCUCCUUACCAAGGCAAACAGAGACAGAAUUGCGCAAUUUACAGAAUUACACGAGAAGUGCUACUCAGAAGAAUUCAUCAUCACGAAGCGCAAGAUCGAAGAGGACCAGCAAGAACAGCACAUCACCAAGAAGAGGAAGCAGGACAACGAGAAGAAGAUCGACAACAUUGUGGAUGGUCUUCACAGUCUACGCAAGUCUGUCAACGAGCAAGUUGGUGAAACUUUGCCAGGCAUUCGCUGUGCUUUUCAUGACUUCGAAGGAGAGAUUCUCAAACUCAUGGCUAUGGAUGUCUGA